AUGGAAGUUGCAGACGUGCCGACCAUUGAUUUGACUUUAGACGAUGUCGAUGCGGGUUCUAAGAAGAGUGCUAUUGCCGCUUCAUCGCAAAGGCUUCCCAGUUUGAAGGACUCGCCGAAGAUACGACAUGACUUUAGUUCACCUCUCAAGAGCUCCAUGCAGGCCGCCCCAGCCGGUUCCAAGAGACAAGUUGAGCAUCUGGAGCUUGACGACGAACCGAAUAAGAGACCCAAUCCCGGCCGUGAAGUUAUAACGUUGAUUGACGAUGAGAAGGGGAACAAUGAAAUGGAUCCGCAAAGCAAGGAAAUCUUCUUUAGAGAUAGUUCAAAGUCGUUACAAGCGAACAGUGCUAUUUUCAAGUCAUUACAAGCGAAUAGUGCUAUCUUGCAGAAGAAAUUGGUCAAGAGAGAGGAGGAGUUUUCGGAUGCCAAGAGGAAGUGGUCGUUACUCGAUAAGUCGAUAAACAAUGGCGGUGAGCAGUUGAGCAGGACGCAGCAGAUCCUGUUGGAAGAGGCUAGACUCUCUAUGGAGCGCCUGGAUAGAAAGAGGCAAGUUACCAGAUCGAAGCUGGAGGAUGUGAAAAGAAGAAUGCAUGAUUUUGCCAAUAAAUGGAACGCUUUUGUAUCCAGCCAUAGUGUCGAGUUAAAUCAAACCCGGGUAGAUGGUGAGGAGGGUGAAAUCUACGUGAAAGAAAGACAGAAUUUGCUUGCACAAAAGGAGAGGAUCGGGAAUAUGGCGAAAAGCGGGUCCAUAGACCAUGCAUCGUAUUUAAAAAUGAGUCUGGAACUGGACAAGAAACUUAAUGCAUUGAAGCUCGAAAGAUUAUCCAGGGAGGGGUCUCCAAGAAUUUCCAUGCCAGCAACCGAGAAGAAAGACCUGUUUGCGGCGUCCUUAGAAACAGCCAAACAAUUGUUGGCGGAAAACACUUCAAGAACGGAGUUGACAAAAAGGACCCUAUAUCAGCAGCUUGAUUUAAUAAGGCGAUAUAGGGACCAUUUCCAAAUGGGCAAGACAUCCAAUAUAUCAAUGAGAAAUACCUGUCGUGAUGCUGCGGAGAUGCUUUUCCAAAAUGGCGUCAAGAUGCCAUUGGUCUACGACACUUUGCAAGAUUUUGGAAUCCAAUUUAGGAACCGAAACAUUUUGAAGGUAGAUAGAAGGGCUCAGUUUUACAAGAGCUUGGAAGUUGCUAGAGAACUGGUCAAAAACUCAAACAGAAACUUCUCGAUAAAAUCGCGAAUCAUUGAUUCCCUGAAUCUGCUUCAAGACUUGAGACAAUUCGUUGAUUCAGGCAUGCCGCCCUCAACUGCUUUCAAGCAGAAAGUAGCAGCGACUGUUGUGGAGCUGAAAGAGCAAGGUUUGCGAAUGGAUAAGCUUUACGAAAAUCUCAAAAAUUAUGGCAUAGUAACUACUCGAAGUGAACUUGAUCUCUUACCAAAAUUGCAGCAUGAUAAAGAGGAAGCGUUCAUCGAUGCACAAGAAACCGUCGAUGCUUACGCAAUUAUGGAACCGCAGAGUUACUCACGUUCAAGCAAUUUCCAGGUUGCUAAUGUAUACUCUGCAGAUGAUCAAGAGCAAAUUAGAUCACUGCUAGAAAACAUCAAACAAGAUGAGGAUGAAAUCGAAGGCGAGACUCUCACACCUGAAGAACUGACUGUAAAUUUGUUAAAGCAUCAAAGGAUCGGGUUGAAAUGGCUCUUGAAUGUAGAAAACUCUAGGAAAAAGGGAGGUAUCUUGGCGGAUGACAUGGGACUAGGUAAAACUGUCCAGGCGAUAGCAUUGAUGCUUGCUCAUCGAUCGAAAAAUGAAGCUUGCAAGACCAGCCUCAUUGUCGCACCAGUCUCCGUGCUGCGUUCCUGGCAAGGUGAAAUCGAAACCAAAAUAAAAAAGACUGCAAACUUCAAAAGUUACAUCUAUGGUGGGGCAGGUGGUAAUAAAUCUAAUGACUGGAAUACUCUAGCCAAAUAUGACGCUAUCCUAGUAUCCUACCAAACUUUGGCUAUUGAGUUUAAGAGACAUUGGCCUCUGCAGUUGAGUGAGAUCGGUAAGGACUAUCCUACUAUUGAGAAUAUUGAAGCAAUGAACUCCCUAAAGCAACGAAAUGAAUAUUGGUCGCCCUUCUUUCGGAAUGAGAGUACAUUUUAUAGAGUCAUUCUUGAUGAGGGUCAAAACAUCAAGAAUAAAAACACCAAGGCGGCCAAAGCAUGUUGCACAGUUUCUUCAAAAUAUAGAUGGAUACUUUCCGGAACGCCCAUACAAAACAAUAUGAGCGAACUAUAUUCGUUGAUAAGAUUCCUAAGAAUCCCACCGUACCACCGGGAGGAACGCUUCAACGCCGAUAUUGGCAGGCCACUCAGUAAUAAUCGGAAUAAUGAUUAUGAUAGCGAAGACCGCAAACGAACCAUGAAGAAAGUCAGAGUCCUUUUGAAAGCAAUUAUGCUGCGUCGGUCGAAAACAGACAAGAUUGAUGGCAAAGGAAUUUUAGAGCUGCCUGCAAAAGAUGUCGAAAUCGAGGAAGCUCACUUGGAAGGCGAAGAGCAGGCUUUUUACUCUAAUUUAGAGCAGAAAAACCAGAAGAUUGCGAAGAGAAUCUUGGAGAAAAAAGCUCGAGGAGGCUAUUCUAGUGUAUUGACUUUAUUGUUGAGGUUGAGACAAGCAUGUUGUCACCCAGAAUUAGUCAUUGCGGGAGAGAAGAAGGCGGAGGAUACGAAAGUGGCUAACGGGAAAAGUUUUGAGAAUGACUGGCUAAGACUUUAUCGUCGCAUUCGCGCUAUGUCAAAAGAUCAACAAGAAGUGGUGAUCAAUUCCAUGGAUCUCAUGACUUGCUUCUGGUGCCUCGAACAGUUAGAACCGGAAUCAUCUAGUGUUCUAACUGGUUGUGGCCAUCUUCUGUGCGAAGCGUGCGUCGAACCAUUUGUCGAUGAAGCGGCCGGUCUUCCUAAUGCACUACAUACAGAGAAGGGUAUCCUGCGCCUGCCUUGCAAGAAAUGUCAGAACCGAACUUUGGAAACGGAGAUUGUUUCAUAUAGACUGUAUGAUCAGGUAAUAAACCAGUCAUUUACCGAGCAAAUGCUUUUCGCUGAAUACCAAGGAGAGAUGAUGCGACAGAAGAGUAAGGCUCGAAACGUCUACUUCCCAGAUCUUAAGACUUUGAAACCUUCGACCAAAAUGCGCCAAUGCAUCGAUGUCAUCCAGAAGGUAAUGGAAAAGUCAGACAUGGAAAAGAUACUAGUCUUUUCACAGUUUACCACCUUUUUUGAUCUUUUCGAGCACUUUUUGACCGAGUUGAAGGUGCCCUUCCUCAGAUACACAGGAGAUAUGAAUGCCCAACAGAGAUCUGAUGUUAUUAACAGGUUCUACCGAGAAAAAGACAAAAGGGUUCUAUUAAUUUCGAUGAAAGCCGGUAAUUCGGGUUUAACUUUGACCUGUGCCAAUCAUGUAGUCAUCGUCGAUCCAUUUUGGAACCCAUAUGUUGAAGAGCAAGCGCAGGACCGAUGCCAUAGAAUUAGUCAAACAAAGGAAGUUCAUGUGCACAAACUUUUCAUCAAGAAUAGCGUCGAAGAUAGGAUCGCCGAGCUUCAGAAAAGAAAGAGGGAGAUGGUCGAUGCUGCGAUGGAUGCUAGCAACAUGGAUUCGGUCAAUAGACUUGGUGCUCGCGAACUUGGAUUCCUUUUCGGUUUGAACACACUUUAA